GAGGUUAGCAGGUGACUCUUCAAGAAACUCGCUUUCUAUCGAUACUGCAUUUACUUAGGGGUUUCCAGCUUUUUAUACAUACCAAAUAUAUUCAAAAUUCUCUAUGAAAGUUGUUCACAUUCUCUUGUAUCGCCCAGACAUACCUAUAAAACGUAAUUCUUAAAAAACAAAAAAAUUAGCGCCCUUGUUUGCAGCUAGGAUGAGCCACUCCCUCUUUCAGGGUCCUUUACAGUAAGUACAGGAGACAGAAGCAGGGGCUGUGUUAUUCUACAAGGCAGGUGGACAGCAAACCAUCAGCACCAGGCUAGAAUCAUCUGCCCCUGACCACCACAAAAGCUGGCACUGUCGGGGUUAUUCUCCUCCCUCUCUCAAUCCGAGGACUGCACAGUCCCACGCUCGUGUUACGCACUUGAUCCAAGACUCCUCUGUCUUCCACGAAUGUGACAUCCAAGGGGGCUCCGGGUGCGCCGCCUGAGCCCAGGACGCCUUCGCCCACGGCUGCCAUCUAUCGGCCACGGAGCGCCCGCUUCGCCCUGGGCCCAUCAUGUCUGCUGCAGCUUGGCUCGCACCAGCGGCGCGACAAUAAACAAGUGCACUGGACGGGGCCCUGCGCCCGCGCGGGAGCAGAUGCCUCAGAGACCUCUGCGAGGCUUACCGCGUUGCCACGUCCUCAUCGCCCGGAAGGGAAGACGCUACUUUCUGUAUUUUAGAGCCUCCGGGCUGCCUGGACACAACACAAGCGUAGAACAGCGCUGUUCCUGGCCCCCCAGGCUCCCCAAAAGGAUGUCGGAGAUAAACAGUUCCAAAUAAUGACGAUUGGGCGCCGCAUCUGGGGAGGGGAUAGAGAAAAACCCCUGCAAACAGUGAAAGCGAUGAGACCUCCAAGAGGAUGCGGGAGUCGUACAAAUACUAAUUAGGGGCCGCGGCGGCGACGGACUCCGCGCGGGGACAGCGGCGGCGGGAUCCCAGCGCGGUGGUCGCUGCUGCGCUGGGGGCGGAGGACGGCGCAGGAGCUGCAGCCGCCGCGGGAGCUGCCGAGGGGCCGCUGCCACCUUCGCUCGCCCCCUCACUACCAUGUACAGUGUGCGCUGCAAGAAGAAGGCGGGCGAUGCAUGCACACCCCCGCGCCGCGCUCCCUCUGGCUCGUCCCCGGGCGUGCGCUACUGACCAGGGGGGAAUGUGGUGAACACGGCGAGGAGGAGAGCCGAGGGGGGAGGGGAGGGCCGGCCGGCGCGAACCCAGGCCGGAGAGUGAGCGGAGCCGGAGGCAGCAGGAGGGGGCGGCGGCGGCUGCUGGCCGGAGAAAGUUGCCCCUAUGCAGAUGGCAACUGAGGUAAAAUGCACACUUGCUGCCCCCCAGUAACUUUGGAACAGGACCUUCACAGAAAAAUGUAUAGCUGGAUGCUGCAGACCCUAGCGUUUGCUCUAACAUCUCUCGUCCUUUCGUGUGCAGAAACCAUCGAUUAUUAUGGGGAAAUCUGUGACAAUGCAUGUCCUUGUGAGGAAAAGGAUGGCAUUUUAAGUGUGAGCUGUGAAAACCGGGGGAUUAUCAGCCUCUCUGAAAUUAGCCCUCCCCGUUUCCCCAUCUACCACCUCUUGUUGUCCGGAAACCUUCUGAACCGCCUCUAUCCCAAUGAGUUUGUCAAUUACACUGGGGCUUCAAUUUUGCAUCUGGGUAGCAACGUCAUCCAAGACAUUGAGACCGGGGCAUUCCAUGGGCUGCGGGGUUUAAGGAGAUUGCAUCUGAACAAUAACAAACUGGAACUUCUGCGCGAUGAUACUUUCCUUGGUUUGGAGAGCCUGGAGUACCUACAGGUCGAUUACAAUUACAUCAGUGUCAUUGAACCGAAUGCUUUCGGGAAACUGCAUUCACUGCAGGUGCUCAUCCUCAAUGACAAUCUCUUGUCCAGUUUACCCACCAACCUUUUCCGUUUUGUGCCCUUAACGCACUUAGACCUGCGGGGGAACCGGCUGAAACUUCUGCCCUAUGUGGGGCUGUUGCAGCACAUGGAUAAAGUUGUGGAGUUACAGCUGGAGGAAAACCCGUGGAAUUGCUCUUGUGAGCUAAUCUCUCUCAAGGAUUGGUUGGACAGUAUAUCCUACUCGGCCUUGGUGGGGGAUGUGGUUUGUGAGACCCCCUUCCGCUUACAUGGCCGGGACUUGGACGAGGUGUCCAAGCAGGAACUUUGCCCACGGAAACUUAUUUCGGACUAUGAGAUGAGACCUCAGACGCCUUUGAGCACCACGGGGUACUUACAUACCACCCCAGCCUCGGUGAAUUCUGUGGCCACUUCCUCCUCUGCUGUUUACAAACCCCCCUUGAAGCCCCCUAAGGGGACUCGCCAGCCCAACAAGCCCAGGGUGCGCCCCACCUCACGGCAGCCCUCCAAGGACUUGGGCUACAGCAACUAUGGCCCCAGCAUCGCCUACCAGACCAAAUCUCCGGUGCCUUUGGAGUGUCCCACCGCGUGCACUUGCAACCUGCAAAUCUCCGAUCUGGGCCUCAACGUCAACUGCCAGGAGCGCAAGAUCGAGAGCCUCGCAGAGCUGCAGCCCAAGCCCUACAACCCGAAGAAAAUGUAUCUGACGGAGAACUACAUCGCAGUCGUGCGCAGGAGCGACUUCCUGGAGGCUACUGGGCUGGACCUCCUGCACCUGGGCAACAACCGCAUCUCGAUGAUACAGGACCGCGCCUUCGGAGAUCUCACCAACCUAAGGCGCCUCUACCUAAACGGCAACAGGAUCGAGAAGCUGAGCCCGGAGCUGUUCUACGGCUUGCAGAGCCUGCAGUACCUCUUCCUCCAGUACAAUCUCAUACGCGAGAUUCAGUCCGGGACUUUUGAGCCCGUCCCGAACCUCCAGCUGCUAUUCCUAAACAACAACCUCCUGCAGGCCAUGCCCUCAGGCAUCUUCUCAGGCCUGACCCUCCUCAGGCUGAACCUGAGAAGUAACCAUUUCACCUCCUUGCCGGUGAGUGGAGUUCUGGACCAGCUCAAGUCACUCAUCCAAAUCGACCUGCACGACAACCCUUGGGAUUGUACCUGCGACGUGGUGGGCAUGAAGCUGUGGGUCGAGCAGCUCAAAGUGGGUGUGUUGGUGGACGAGGUCAUCUGCAAGGCGCCCAAGAGGUUCGCCGAGACCGAUAUGCGCUCCAUUAAGUCGGAGCUGCUGUGCCCAGACUACUCGGACGUUGUGGUUUCCACGCCCACGCCUUCCUCGCUCCAGGUCCCUGCGAGGACCAGCGGGGUAACCCCCGCCGUCCGCCUGAACAGCACGGGGGCCCCUGCGGGCUUGGGCGCGGGUGGAGGGGCGUCGUCGGUGCCCUUGUCGGUGUUGAUCCUCAGCCUGCUGCUGGUUUUUAUCAUGUCGGUCUUCGUGGCCGCCGGGCUCUUCGUGCUGGUUAUGAAGCGCAGGAAGAAAAGCCAGAGCGACCACACCAGCACUAACAAUUCCGACGUGAGCUCCUUCAACAUGCAGUACAGCGUAUACAGCGGCGGCGGUGCGGGCGGCCACCCGCACGCGCACGUGCACCACCGCGGACCCGCGCUGCCCAAGGUGAAGACGCCUGCGGGCCACGUGUACGAGUACAUCCCCCACCCACUGGGCCACAUGUGCAAAAACCCCAUCUACCGCUCUCGCGAGGGCAACUCCGUGGAGGAUUACAAAGACCUGCAAGAACUCAAGGUCACCUACAGCGGAACCCAUCACCUGCAGCAGCAGCCGCCGCCGCCGCCGCCACCACCGCCGCAGCCCCAGCAGCAGCCCCCGUCGCAGCUGCAGCUGCAGCCGGGGGAGGAGGAGAGGCGGGAAAGCCUCCACUUGCGGAGCCCCGCCUACAGCGUCAGCACCAUCGAGCCCCGGGAGGACCUGCUGUCGCCGGUGCAGGACGCCGACCGCUUUUACAGGGGCAUUUUAGAACCAGACAAACAUUGCUCCACCACCCCCGCAGGCAACAGCCUCCCGGAAUAUCCCAAAUUCCCAUGCAGCCCCGCUGCUUACACUUUCUCCCCCAACUAUGACCUGAGACGUCCCCGUCAGUACUUGCACCCGGGGGCAGGGGACAGCAGGCUGCGGGAACCGGUGCUCUACAGCCCCCCCAGUGCUGUCUUUGUAGAGCCCAACCGGAACGAGUAUCUGGAGUUAAAAGCAAAACUAAACGUUGAGCCGGACUACCUCGAAGUGCUGGAAAAACAGACCACAUUUAGCCAGUUCUAGAAGCAAAGGAACUCCCCUGGAGCUUUUGCAUUUAAAACAAACAAGCAAGUAGACACACACGGUGAACACAUUUGAUUUGUUGUGUUGUUUCAACGUUUAGGGCGAAGUGCCUUGGCACGAGAUUCUCAGCUUCGGCAGAAGAUACUGAAAGGGUGUGCAAUUCCUUUAAUUUUACACGUUGGGAAACAUUUGUGUAAACUGGGCACAUCACUUUCUCUUCUUGCGUGUGGGGGAGGAGAGAGAAGGGCUUUGUGGAGGGCAAUUUGCUGCGCGGGUGACUUGUCAAAAGUUGGUCAAUUUUUGUAGUGGAUGGAAGUUCUCAUUAUGGUGGAUAAUGGCAGCGCAUAGAUUCUACUCUUCGUCUUAUGGCCCCGCCCCCAGCCCCGCCUCCCUUCUCCCCCUUUAAGCCAUGGGUGGUUCUAAAUGGCUUUCGUGGAGAGAUUAGCACACCCCGACUGUAACAGAAAGUUUGUUCUCUCUCCCUCCUUCUCCCUCCACCCACCUCGCUUUCUCUUUCUCUGCCUCUCUGGCUCCCUGCUUUCCUUCCUCCUCUCUCAUUCCUUUCCAUUUUUUUUUAAAGGAUGUGUUUGUAUGCAUCUGGACAUUUGAAUUAAAAAACGAAAACGUGUUGUGAUCUUGAAAAGGAUCACCAUAUAUGUGGACAAAUCAUUAAAAUUACAGAGCUAUAUGAUCCAUAAUUGAUUAGUCAAAAUAACUUAUUGAUGAAAUAUACAAAUAUUUUAUUGUAGCACCUAUUUUUAUAUGCACAUUUAGCAUUUCUCUCUCCUUCGCUAUUUAGCCUAUGAUUUUCACAGAGGUGUCACACUGUUUUAGGGGCUGCAUUUCCCAAACUGAAGUGAUAUCAGGAAGGCAUUUUAAAAUCACUAAAAACAUGGAGAACUUAAUGGCAAGAUCUUAAAGCCAAUGCAACCCACCCAAUUGGAUCUGUAAUUUGAACAACAAAAAUGCUGACGGUGUUCCAAUGCAUAAAAGAAAAUAAUUUAGGGCAAUUAACUGGGCCAUUCGAGUGAGAAUCGUGUGCAAGUUUCUGGUUUUAUUAGAGAAGAUUUUAAAGUAUUUUUAUUAGUCAACCAAAAUGAUGUAUUGAUUUGACUACUAUUGUAGCCGAUUUUUGAUUGUUUAACCAAACCCAGUUGCAUUUGUACAGAUCCACGUGUACUGGCACCUCAGAAGACCAAAUGACGGACUGUACAAAUCUCUAUAUAAUGUCUUUAUCCCUCUGGGCAGCAAGCAAUGAUGAUAACCACAAACAGGAUCUCUGUAAGAUGGGGCUACUGUUGUUACAGUCUCAUAUGUAUCCCAGCACAUGUAAUUUUUUAAAUAGUUUCUGAAUAAACACUUGAUAACUAUGUCAAAUUCGAGGGAUUGAAGUAAUGUUUACUUAACAUGCAAAAGUAUUAGCUUUGUGUGAUUGAAUGGAUCUCCAUUAUUAACAAUUUGGGACAUAGUGGCUAACUUAUUCCUAAUAGAAGACAUUUACACUUUUUUUUGGUUCAGGGAAUUAUGUUUUUCUAAACGUGUCAUUUAAUGUGUUCAUUAAUGAAAUUUCAAUCAUAUAUUUCAUUUUCUUACUGAAGUAGUCAUUUAAUAGAUGGAGCAUGGUAAGUAAUGUAUCACAUAUUCGUUUUUCUCCCAGAAUUGUGUAUUUUGUCCAAUUAAUAUUAUUUAUUCAAUCUACAAUUUUCCAUAGUUUCCAUAUUUUAACUUGUGUAAAACAACAUUCAACAAUGUUUGAUGGGUGUUUUAUCUCAAGUUAAUCUAUAUCCUAAGGGUUCAAAAUGUUGGUGGGUAUAAGCUGGUCACCUCUGAGUAAGUUUUGCCAGGGAAUUUAGAUGAGUAUUUAAGGAUGGGAAAUGUUUGAAUUAAUCUGAGACUUAGAGAGCCAUGUGCUUCAUUGCUAUUGAUGGAUCUUACCAUUAUCUCACCUGAAAUGUGUACAAUAUCAAGGGCUGUUCAUGAACUUUAUGUUUAAGGAACACUUUCCAUGGCAUUCUGCCACAUAGAGGCAGCAUUCACCCAUGAGUAAAUUGACAGUAACUGCUUGAAUUCAGAUUGAACAGGUGGUAAGAGUUUCCCUGAGGAGUUAAAAAAAAAUUAGUAAUGCUACAUCAGCCAAGUGAAGUAAACUAUCCCCAUUCUGUGCAAUAUUUUCUCUUCCAAGUUUUUUUUUCAAAAGAGAAAGAAACAAGCUAAAUAAUGUCAUGAUAGUAUCAUGAAAAAAUAUAUCUCUUACUCUUCAUCUACCUCCUCCACAUUAGAUCCAGGAUAGAAAAGAAAAAUAAAUGCUGGCAUAUGACUUCAUAAUUGGGGUUGUUGUUAAUUUUUCUUCACAAUAGGAGUUAUUCUUUUAAAAUGUCAAAUCACUUUCUCAAUAUUAUUAUAUGUAGAUAUGGCAGUGUUGUAUAAAUUAUAAAAUAUGAAUACAAACUGGAAUCCUCCUUGUAACUAAGUUUUAUUUAUUAAUUGCUGCAUAAAUAAGAGACAAGAAUUACACUAAAUUAAAGAUGCAGUUCUUGACAAUAUAAGUAACUUCCAAAGAAAGUUUGUUGAUGUACUUUUCAAAGAUUUACAAACGAGUAUUAUUUUGAACCAGCACUACUGCAUAUAAUCUUGUCACAUACACUGUCUUUAGGUGGAUCAUUUAUACCUCUAUUCUUUCUAAGGUGUCCAACUUUAUUUGAAUCUCAAAGAUGAUACAUGAUUUAUGUAAAGAGGUGACUCUAAUUUUUUAAUUAUAUUUUUCCCAACUGUAUUAAGGGGAUAAAAGCAAACUCAUCUUUGUUCUAAUAAACCUGAAAAAAUUUUAACAUGAAGAAUCAUGAAACUGUAUAGAAUUAAAAAUGAAUUAUUUUUCUCCUUAUACAUGGCUUUCUGCCAAUACAUUAACAUAUACAAUAGAACAUAAGUUGUGUGGUUUUGAAUAUUUAAUUUUUGGUUUUUCAGGUUGUUCACUGAAUAAAUAGUUAAAUUGGGUAUAUCAGUAUCAUAUGAUUGGACUAAGGAACCCUGCAAAUUCUCUCCACAGAAUUUCGGAGAACAAUAAUAUGUAAUGUUUCAGGCAUCAAUUAAAAUUUG